UUCUGCAGCUCUUACUUUUACAGAAACCUGGCAAUGUCCAGUCCAAAUGUAAGUCGUAUGAACUGUAUGCAUCGUUUGUGCCAGCAUUUGAGUCUCUUUUUUUAUGAUACAGAUAAUCAGAACCUAUAUAUGUAAACUAAAUUUUAAAUUUCAUUAGAUUAAUUUGAAGUCAAGAUGGUAUGUGAUAUAUCAGCUGCAGAAAAAUAUUUGCAGUUAAAUUUUGAAUUACUUUAUUACCUUACAGUUUGAUUCUGUUCAUAUUCCUUUAGUAACAAAUUUCUUGAUUCUGAAAAAUAAGUUCAGGGGCAGGAAUAUUUGGUGAUCAUCAAAUUAAUCUUGUCCCAUAGCCAACAAAUUAAGUGAAGCUCUUAAAUUGUAUUUACUCUGCAAAUUUGCUUUUUGCUUUUAUUUCAACAAUAGAAAUAAAAGAUAUACUAGUUUUGAUGUAGAAUGUAGUAUACAGAGAGCAAGUCUUAAGAAGAAAGAGCCAUCUGAUUAGUCAUUGAAGUUUCAGUGUUUUGUAGGCCAAUGAAAUAGUAAAGGAGAGUUUUAUGCUACUCUUGUCCAUCUCAACCACCAAUGGAGGUGACCAAGGUUUUCCAAAGUGAUUUUGAAAAGCAGUCUCAAUAGUUUGAACUGCUGUUGCAUUUGAAGUACAUAAAAAUGGUCACAGCCCAGUAACUAUCAUCAGAAAACCUUUAUAAUUUAGGCAAUUGCUAUUAACACAGAGGUGGAGGAAGGACAAUAUAAUUUAAUAAAGUCUAAAAUGGCUCAGAGCCAAGGGAACUAUCAAGUGUCUGCAAGCAAAGGAGAAAGCACAUUUUUGGAAGAAAAAGGCCAGCAGUGUAGAAGCUACUUAAUUCUAAAAGUCUAAAGGAAUUUCACCUUUUGCAAUGCCAUUAGUUUUUACGAUAAUGUUAUUCCUAAAGGUGUAGCAUUGAAAGAAAUGACUCCUGUGAACUCUAGAUCUGGUGUGAUUGCAGCCUCUUCAAUAGGCAGUUCCUGAUGACCUCCUGUGGGACAGAGCCCGGAGGACCAGGAGCAUCUCGAACAAUCUAUCAUCAAUUCUCAUAGCGCCUAUAAUGGCAUUUAAGGAUUUAUUCCUUUUAGAAAUCAGAGAAACACCAGAUAUGCUUGUUAUAUUUCUGGUUGUGAAACAUUUUUUAGAAAGAAUAACUGGUAGAAGCCAUGACCAGUGAGGUAGAAAGAGCUGGACCACAAGAUCGAUCAAACCAAGGUAUGUCCAAUUGGUAUUCUCUUCCUGACAGUGAAUUAAUGGUGGAUACCUGGGGAGUCAAGAACAGAGCUAGCUGUCAACAUUCCCCAGUGUCCAGCAAUUUGCAAUCUGCAGUGCCAGAGCUGGCAUCUUUGUAUUUAAUAGCCCUCGAUGGAUUUCUCCCAAGAAUUUAUCAUACUGUCUUUUGACCAUUGGAGGCUUUUUAGCAUGCUGUUACUAUUGGCUGGUGGAAAAUCCUUUCAUACGGGAGAUGUGCGUUGUGUGUCCUGUGUUUGUCAGAAGAACAUCUGAGCUGGCUGCGAUAGCACUGGUAAUAGCCUUUUAUUAAUGUAAACUGGGAGUUAGUGUGUGGUUUUAAGCAUUUGUUGUGUCCUUGCAAGUAAGGUAUUUUUGGUGGAAAUAACAUGGAUGACUGCAUGUGGCUACAAGGCAGGAAAUAUGGGCUACAGUAGGUGCUGACUUGCAAAGUUAGCUUGGAUGAAUCACUUCUCUUUUUGUCUCUGUUUACCUUUCUGCUGAGUUUUCUACUCAGUUUGGGUGAGAACAUUACCCUGGCCUGCCUAUGGUCAGCUUUUUUCUGUCUUGCGCUUUAGUGCAUUGCAGCGUCUGGAUUAUAAACACGGCAGGGGAAUGUUUUAAAUCCCCCAAAUGGGUAUUUGCAACGUGAGUCUUGUGGAAACAUUCCUACCAAAACUGGGUUAUAUAAACCUCUGCAAAGCGCGGACUCGCGUUGUGGACAUUGCUCGCUCACUAGUCCAAGUCAACUGCUCGGUUACUGGCAAGAAAUUCAGGAAUUUUCUGUAUCCCCUCCCCUCACUCCAGGGUGAAAUUUACCCCUUGAUAAGUGAUGCCAUGGCCUCUGGAUCCCUUCAAUUGUUCUUGAGUGAUCAAAAGAAGUCUGACUCAGGAUUUUAGGUGACCCAGAGGUCAUGCAAGAGAAUUUCACACAGAAAGUUAAAAUUGCUAUAGCAGGAUGGGCAAAGACAGGGGCUCUCCAUAUGCAAAUUCCCCUGGAGGAGAAUAGGAGCAGAGCCUGCAGAAACGUGUCAUGAAGAAAGAAUAAGUUAAUAUGUAGAGGGAAGAGAGAGAGGAAGGAAGAGGGAUAUCUGACAAAUAAUUUAUUAACAUCCACAGAGAUCUGAGAGAGGGAAGCACUCUGAGUACUGGAAAUGGGGAGUUUGCCCUGAAUUUGUCCCUGGUGGGCGAAGGGCCAUCCCUCUUCAUGAAAGGUUAGUUAAUGUGGGAUGUGGCUGCUUUUGGAUGUAACUUGAGGGUCGGGUGGCAGAGGGUGUUGUGAGUUACAGCAAGGUCUUGCAUCUGUGGAUAUAGCCUCUGAUCUCAACCUUUGAUCUCGGCUACAUCUGGGGUGGGGGAAGAGUUCAGCAGAUGGCUUUAAAAGCUAAGCAGGUCACUGCCAGGGGAGCCAGAAACCGGAGUGCCACAGGGAGGGGAGUCCGAGUGGUACCCACCUCUGCCAAGGAGAGAGCAGUCCCACUGAAUGGCGGGAUAACCUGAAAUCCUAAGGUUUUCCACCCACGUCUGAAAAACACACAAUGAAGCAUUUACCCUAAAAGCGGUACGACUGUGGCAUCUGCUUCUCGCCAGAGGGACGGGCUGAGCAACUGUGACAGGGGCAACCUGCAGAAGCCGUCACCCGAGGUGAGAGACCGAGCUACCGGCUGGAUGUGGAAGAGAGAAUGGAGGCAUUAACUCCAGUUCUGAAUGAGGUCCAUCCCUGAACAUGGAAGUCGUGGGAGUAUUUUGAGGGACACUGGGAAGUGGUUUUUGCUCUGAAAUCUGGAUUGACCAUGUCUCCUCCAGUCCCUUCAGACCUGGGCUAUGUACCCCCUGACGGUGGAUGGGGGUGGGCAGUGGUGUUCGGAGCCUCCAUCUCAGUUGGGUUUGCAUAUACCUUUCCUAAGGCUUUCACGAUCUACUUUAAAGAGCUCCAGGCUGUUUACAGCAUCUCCUACAGCCAGAUUGCCUGGAUAACAUCCAUCAUGUGUGCUACCACCUACGGAGGAGGUCCCAUUAGCAGUAUUUUAGUAAACCGCUAUGGCAGUCGACCCGUGGUUAUAUUUGGAGGCCUGCUGUGUGGCAUCGGGAUGGUCUCAGCUGCCUUCUGCACCAGCAUCCUGCAGCUCUACAUCUGCGUGGGCUUCAUCACAGGAUUUGGCCUUGCUCUCAACCUCCAGCCAUCAGUGAUAAUCAUAGGGAAAUACUUUUUAAAGAGAAGACCCAUUGCAAAUGGCCUUGCUAUGGCGGGGAGCCCCGUGAUGCUUUGUACCCUGGCUCCUCUCAACCAGUUCCUUUUUGACAAUUUUGGCUGGAGAGGCAGCUUUUUAAUUCUUGGGGCAAUUUUAUUAAACUGCUGCGUGGCAGGAGCUCUCUUCAGACCCAUUGGGGCAGCCAGAGCAUCGGUCAAAACACAGGCGACUCAGGAAGGGAAGGAUGCUCUGAAAGAAGAGGUCACUAAGGAUGCCAUGGAAAUGAGUAGUCCCACGGAUGUCCCCAUGGAGACCAAAAUGGAAGAGGAAGAAGGAAAGGACUGUUGUGAAAAAAUCAAUCAGUACCUCGAUUUUUCCCUCUUUAAGCACAGAGGGUUCUUGAUUUACCUGAUCGGAAACGUGCUCAUGUUCCUGGGGUUUUUUGCCCCCAUUGUUUUUCUGGCACCCUAUGCAAAGCACAUCGGCAUUGAUGAAUAUUCAGCUGCUUUCCUCCUUUCUAUCCUUGCUAUCGUGGAUAUGAUUGCCCGACCUACCACUGGCAUCAUUGCAAACAGCAAAUGGGUGAGGCCACGGAUUCAAUACUUUUUCAGCUUCUCCAUAGCUUUCAAUGGCGCCUGCCACCUUCUGUGCCCACUGGCUUCUGGCUACACGGGGCUCGUCGUUUACUCUGUCUUUUUCGGUUUGGCCUUUGGCAUGGUUUGUGCCAUGCUCUUUGAAACACUCAUGGACCUCGUGGGAGCUGCCCGGUUCACAAGCGCUGUUGGCCUGGUCACCAUUGCGGAGUGUUGCACGAUAUUGCUGGGACCACCUAUUGGAGGAACUCUUAUCGAUACCUUUGGGGACUAUAAAUAUAUGUUCAUUAAAUGUGGAGCUGUGAUGGUCCUGGCAGGAACCUUCCUGUUCAUCAUGAAUUAUUAUAAUUAUCGUAUGCUUGCCAAGGAGGAGAAGGAAAGAAAGGCAAAAGAAGAGGAUCCUAAAUCUGUAAGGACAGAAAAUGAAGGCAGAAAUAACUGGAACAAAGAAACUGCACAGGAUGGACCCGAGCUGGAACCUUUGAGAGAGGAACAAGAAGGACUAAAGAAGGAAGUGAAUGGCACAAAUUAAGUUUAAACCUGUUCUCAUGGGCUGAACGGGAAAAUACUUCUGGGUUGCUUAAGUGAACACCAGCUGUGAAAUCACAUUAGAUUUUUAAAUUUUGCUCUAUGCUCUGCCAUGUGCAUCCUCUUUGUUGUAGGAGAAGACUACACCAGAAAGAAGUCUAGUUUCUUAUAAAGUGCUGGGACACAGUGCAGUAUUCAUCUGCAUACCAAAAGUCCUGCAACAUUUUUCUUUGGCUAUUUCCCAUUUCCCAGAGUGGCUGAGCAAGGGUGUAACUGACACCCCACUUUUAUUCCCUGUACUACAGUUCUACUCAGUGAAAAGGCCGGUGGCCAUCGGAGUCAAUGCAGAGCCCUUCCAGCAGCCUGAACAGGCUUUGCAUUGAGUACUGUGGUGGCUGGAUCUUCUCACCAUGUGGUCAAAACUCUUUGACUCUUUGACUGCAGCGUCAGAAUCAUCCCAGGGAUUUGGUGCUGCCUUCCACUGGCAGCUGCACUGUGACUUGCACCUCUGUCUCAUGGAAAUGUAAAAUAGACCUUACACUUCUCUUAAAUACAACAUGAGAGAGCGGCUUGGACAGAACAAGGGCAGUACAUGCCUGUGCGUGAAGCGGCAGCAAGGCAGCCUGUCCUUCUGGCCGGAGCAUGCUAGGAAGGAACUAACCGUGGGGUGGCUCAUCAUGGCUUGAUCAGGGACUUUCUCAGGGACCUCUGCAUUUAGCAAAAUGCCUUGAGAAAGGUGAUGUUACGCAGGGGGCCAGCACAAGGCUGACAUGCUGCAGGAGUCCUUGCACGUCCUUUGUCUGUGUGGGGCAGAAAUCUAGUCUUCAAGGGCUUCAACUUUGAUCUACAUUUGAACAGUACAAAUUCUUUAAAAUUUUCCCUAGGAGGUUACAUAGCCCUUAUUACCCAAUAUCUGAGUGCCUUACUGUUUUCAGCAUGCUUUUUCUUUACAACACCCUGGUGAGACAGUGAGCGUUGUUACUAUUAAUUAAUUGUACAAAUGAAGAACUGAAGCACAGAGGAGCUAUGGGCAUCAUUGCAUCAGUGAAUAAAGCUUAGGCACGCCAGACCUGAAGCGGGAUCCACUGCCCUGAGUUGGGUGCCUUGGCCACCUACUUGAAGGAAAACAUCGGCAGCUGAGGAGGGGAGCUGAAAGCCUCCCUGCUGAGCACAGGCAUCCCCCUGCUAGAAAAUAGGAAAUACCAUGGAUGGCCAUGCAUUAAACCACAGCCCUCUCUGCAGUGCAGCCUGCUUACUUUGUGCUUCAUACGACUCAGGAUUAAUGAUUUUAAACACUGUCUUAGAGCUGCGACCUUGUGCCAUAUUUUUUUGACCUGGUUAGGUUGCAUCCAUGCUGGAGGGAAUCCAAACAGAGGGGCCCCCCCACCUUGUUUGGGCUGGGUUAGGCAACUCCCUAUUGCUAGCACUGCAAUACCUGGUGGCCUCGUGCCAUCCUGUUGCAUUAAAUAAAGUUUCCCCAGGUCAGUGAUGCAGAGCUGGAGCUCAGGCCACGUAGCAGCCUCUUAUCCGGUGGUGAUAAUUUUGAGCUAAGAAGAUCUGGACUCUGACAGCAAGCACUGAUGUAUUUUACAAUAAGCAGCUGUUGCCCAAGAGCAAGGAUGCUGAGCAUGGCAUCAUGCAGUUGAAUCAUCAGCCUUUUGUAGAUUUAGCUUCAAGUGACUUUUGAGGUAGAUCACCCAAAUCCGAAGCUAACACCAGUCUGUAGGCUAGGUCUCCUCUUUCUUUGCUUCAGUGGCAACCUUAUGUGAUCAGAUAAAGUCUUUUUUCAUGACUUUGUCACUGAAGAACUGUAUUUAAUUAUCAUUUUGGUACACACUAUGAUGAACAGCUUGUAAAAAUACUUUCAUAAAUACACUAUACUCUUAGAUUUAGAUCACUCAGAUCUUCUUGUACAAAACUUUUUCUGCAAAAUCUUUUGUUCCACUAAAGAGUAAUGGUCUUUGGCCAUUAACUUCAAUAGGACUUAAAUUUUAUCCUUGUGUAGUAUCUUGCAUUUUCUCUGAAAAACAAAAUCUAUGCAAUAUACUUAAGCUUUUGUUGUGGUGGUUUUAAUAUUCUUUAGUUCUGUAAAAUAUAUAUCUAUGGUAUUUCAGUAAAAAAGGCAUUGAUAGAAGGCCCUGAACAUUUUCCAGUAUGCCUCCUGGAAGCUUUAGUAUACUUAAUAAAACUCUUUUAAAAAAAUGAAAUGAGUUUACAUUUGCCCUUUGUGAUCUGUAGGGUGAUGCUGCCUUUCUAUUCAGUAAGGAGUUUAUCCUCAUAGGGGUUCUAGUCUUGGCUCCGUGUAUGUGGUAGUACAACUCUUGGUCAUAGCCUCUUACUCCAGGACCACCACCGGGAGCUCCUUGCCACACAGUUUCUUUGACAUUUUUUAGUGAUCUGGGCUAGUCUGACUCGCACCUCAACUUGCCUGGGCUCACAAUGAGUCUGAAAGCAGCUGAGAAUGACCUGGCAAGAUCUGACAAGAUGAUUUGCAUACGUUCCCACCAGGUUGUAUCAAUUAAUUCUGGGAACAAUGACCCAGAUCCUCAGCUGUCCUUACUGCAGGAGCUGAUGCUAAGGCUCUUGGUCUAGCAGAAACCCAAAGCAAGCUUUUUAGAUCAUAAAACUUUGUUAAUACAGGCAACAUUUUCAAUAAAAAGGCUUUUUGCUCAGCUAUCUAUGAAAAUCCUCUGGAAAAGGUACACCUUUGUUAACCUGUCCCUGAGGGCAAAAAAUGCUACAUUGGAUAAGUAGUUCUUUAUGGCUUCAGAAGUCUUCUACCAUUAAGCAGCUACUUCAUUUAACCUACUCAAGCCUCCUGUCACAGAAACAGAUAUUUUAAGAUUAUGGCACUGUUUCCAUCACGUAGGAAGCCAGACUAUUUUGAUACCAUUUUGGCUAUUAUGGCUGGUUGUCAGAGGCGGGUGGGCGGCCUCUUCUCUGCUACCUGGCCUCCUGUCCCCGCUGUAGGUUCAAACCACAACAUCUCACUAACCAAUGCAGCAAAGCAAUGCCAAAUAACUCUCUAAUUUUAAGCAUGUUAGUAGCCCUAGAAAUGCUUUGCUGAAUCAAAUCCUGUGAAUUUAACACCUUGCAGGCUCAAGCUGUAAUCCAGGCCUGGAAAAGUCUAAAAUUUUCUGAAGAAUGUUUUUAGUUACUAAAAAUGACUGCCGCAAUAUGAAAUAUCCAUUAGAGAAGGCUCUCGUGAAGGAGUAGAAGCUGCCUGUGCAUCUAAUUUAGUGAUUUGUGUGGCAAAUUGAACACAAUAUUCAUAUUUACAUGCAUGCUUAAGUCUGGAAAGCACCUGUGUAGGAAAGUCAAGAGGUGUGAGUGUUGUACCAUAAACAUAUGUACUAGGCACAUGGGGCAUAUCUGGGAUAUCAGAUGUGCAAGGAUGAUUACUAACAGUUUCACUGGAGUGCAAUUAUUAGACAUGGUUUAUAUUUCAUUAGCUUGUGACCUUAUUAGAAGCAAUUACCGAUUGUUUCCAGGAUUGCUUGAACUUCUACAAGAGCCUGACUUUGAUGCUGAACCAUCAUUCCCAACAACCACAAAAGAAGCCAACAGACCAGGCAGCAACACCGCACUCCCUGCAGCCUGGUCCUGCUUGGUGAGCCACGAGUGGAGUUUGAUGGGGUGGUGUGACAAGUACCAUGGACUGGAUUUAGAUAUCUCCCAUGUACUCCUUUCUUAUUUAUAGUUCCUAUCACCUUUUCCCUCCCUAUCUUUAGGUCUCCAAAUUGAAAGGCAUUGAGGAGGAAUGCGAGUAUUUCAACACUUAUUCUGAAGUGGCAAAAUUUGUACACUUUCCUACCUCCCUUUUCAACACAAUGAUAAAGCAGUGACUGUGCCACAUGGUGGAGUGCCACCUUACUAGAAGGGGACAUUUUCUGCCAUCACGCAUUGUGCCAGAUGCUGCUUUACCACGCAUAGCAUUGCCUUGGCCUGGGAAAGGAGCAACACGGACUGCCUGAGAGCAGGGCUGACGAGCAAGGCUGGUGGACACAGCUCUGCAAGGUCAGCCGUAGAUUUCAUCACGAAGAGCUUUAGUGCUUUUUAUUUUAUACCGCUAAUGAAAAUCUUCUUCAGUGAGGUGAUAGCCAAGAGGAUGCCAGUACCCAGCACUUAAGGAACAGAGUGUAAAACCAGGCUGUCUUGUUAAACGAGCGCAGGAGGCUGCAGUGUUCAGGUUUGUAACCAUCACCGGCGUGUGUUUACGCUGCUCUGGGCAGUCCUCCACAUUCGGCACACAGAGGAGCUCAUGGCAGUAAAGGGGGAGGAUGUUCAUUGCCAAUUUGUGUAGCAAUAGAGCAAAAUGCAAUUGGCUUCCUUUUAAUAAAAAGAAUGAACCACGUCCAGACUGUGCAAAACACGAGAAGACCAGAGAGGUCUGGAACCAUGACUGAGUAGAGGUAAUUUGGUGGUAACUGUGUUAAAAACGAGCAAGCAAACAAAAAAAAAAUGAAGUGCCAACCUAUAUAUUUGAAAUAUGCAAUCAUUUUAGACAACACAAGAGAUUAUUCAGAAGGACAGUUCCUGUGGCAGCUGAUGCCAAAUUUAUUUGGGUGUGUUCAGAAAAUGCCUCGUAGACAAUACAGGUGGAUUCAGAUUACAUUGAGGAAUGAAUUUAAAAGACGACUUUCGUGCCCUCUGCAGUGACAGUGACAUUGACUAUUUAGACUUAUCAGAACUGUGUGAGGGUGUUUUGAUGAGUGACAUUCAUAACUGUCAGCAGAGCCUCCCAUAAUGGCAGUGCAGCUCAGAAACGAAGACUCGAUUUGCCGUCUGCUUUGGCACUCACUGAAGUAUUGCUGUGCUUUGGUUUGCAUUUGAAGAGAGGCUCUUUUACAUUCUGACACCAAAAAAAAUGAACACGUAUAGCUAAAUGGGAUCUUCUAUGUCACCACAGGCAAGACCCUGCUAUCACAGGUAACGGCAUCAUAUAAUUCCUGUUAAAAACGUAGAACCCAUUGUCCUGCAGAGCCAAGCACCUAUCAAGGUUUGACCCUGCCAUGACAUUUGUGCCUACAACUUUGGUGUGUCUGCGGAGGGCGAAUCUCCACAUGUUCAACAGCGCGGGUGUCUAGAGGCUUAGACAAUCACAGUCCUACAUGGCUUGAGACACUCAAGCCCUUAGCCCAUUAAUCAAACAGUUAAGAUAUUUAUGCAAGGGAAAAUGAUACAUCCUAUCCCUCCAAAAAGGCAUACAUUUGGACGAUAUUAAAAAAAAAAAUAAAUCUUUUUUUAGUAUUUUGUUUA